CUCUCUCCGGCACUAUAUAAAUAUCGCUUCAUAUCACUCACUUUGUAGUUCAAGACAGUAGCACUUCAGUCUAGUCACAUUCGAUUCGAUUGGAUACUUUGAGUAUUGUUCUACUAGUUUUCCCAAAACUCUGGUCAUUUUUUCAAGAUCAUGGCCUCAACAAUCCUGAUGCACUCGAUCCCUGCGAGUCCUAGGACCGCGAUUGACAUUAGUCCCAGGAAAUCUGUCGUGAGAGGACUUUUCCCUGCCAACCAUAGUCCUAGGUUGGCUCCCCGAGUUGCUUUGCGCGUGAAGUGUAUGACUGAGGAGAGGAAGCCAGGUUCGAACCCAUCUGCGAAAUCGAAAUCAAAGGUGAGCACCGACUUCAUAGAUGUGUUUGCAUUUAGCGGGCCAGCGCCAGAGAGGAUCAACGGCAGACUCGCAAUGAUUGGCUUUGUGGCGGCCAUUGCGGUUGAACUAUCCAAAGGCCAGGACUUGUUUGCUCAGAUCAGCGAAGGUGGUAUCUCGUGGUUCAUAGGGACGAGCAUUCUGCUCUCGGUGGCAUCUCUUGUUCCACUGUUUCAAGGAGUCACGGCCGAGUCAAAGUCGGAGGGGUUGAUGACUUCCGAAGCCGAGAUGUGGAAUGGAAGGUUGGCGAUGUUGGGACUGGUCGCGCUGGCCUUCACCGAAUAUGUCAAGGGAGGAACACUUGUCUAGGGUUUGAGUAUUAGAGUAUAUACUAGGAAAAGUCGAUCGUGAUGUAAUACUCAGAAAUCAAUAAAGUGAACCAAUGUCUUAAUACAAAGAUUGUGCACAAUACCUUCUUGGUUAGAUCUCACAUUACGGUAGUUGUCAUACUAUAGAUUAGGGAAAAAUGUCAAAAAAGUUUUAAAUCUUGUGCAUUAGUGUCAAUU